CAGCUGGGGACGGAGUUCGGUGGCUGCGACGACAGCAGGAGUUCCUCAAAAUGGAGGAUGGGAAGCCUGUUUGGGCUCCACACCCAACUGAUGGGUUUUGGAUGGGAAUUAUUGUGGAUAUUGGUCCUGACUCCUUAACGAUUGAGCCUUUAACUCAAAAAGGCAAGACAUUCCUCGCUGCUAUCAACCAAGUAUUCCCUGCAGAGGAAGACAGCAAGAAGGUUGUGGAGGAUAACUGCUCUCUAAUGUAUUUAAAUGAAGCCACACUCCUACAUAAUAUAAAAGUUCGAUACAAUAAAGACAGAAUUUAUACGUAUGUCGCCAAUAUCCUGAUAGCAGUGAAUCCUUACUUUGACAUACCUAAACUUUAUUCUUCAGAUGCUAUUAAAAAAUACCAAGGUCGGUCACUUGGGACAUUGCCACCUCAUGUCUAUGCUAUUGCUGAUAAAGCAUUUCGUGACAUGAAAGUGCUCAAGAUGAGUCAGUCAAUCAUUGUGUCUGGAGAGUCGGGAGCAGGCAAGACGGAAAACACUAAAUUUGUUUUACGGUAUUUGACUGAAUCCUAUGGUAGCGGGCAGGAUAUUGAUGACAGAAUUGUAGAAGCCAAUCCACUUUUAGAAGCUUUUGGAAAUGCAAAGACUGUUCGUAACAACAAUAGUAGUCGCUUUGGAAAAUUCGUUGAAAUUCAUUUCAAUGAAAAGGCUGAAAGGCAGGAUAUGUUAAAUGAAAUAAUUAAUGACAAGUUUUUCAAUGACACUGCUUGGCUGUCUGUCUUCUGUGUUUGA